CAUAAAGAUAUCGUGGCGACUGGUAUUAACACCAAAAGAACAACAAGAUGGUUUUCGAAGAACAAAGCCGACACCAACGCUGGUCAGAAAUCAGAAAGAGGCUAACGUCUUUUUUCUCUCGAUCGACGGAUGGUCUGUCAGCGGCUGUCACUGCAGACCGCCUUCUCAAUGGGCUUGCAUCUUCAUCAGGGGAAGGUGACGUAUCUCGCUUGUCCUCGUCAUCUGCGGUUGUAGGGGAGUCGGAUGUAUCAACAGCAUCGCAGACACUACAGCAAUAUUCAUCCGGGGCCGAAGAUGUGCAUGUGGCGACUUCAAAGACAAAUCAAGAAUUAGCAUCAUCAUCAACACCUUCUUCCAGCGGCCUGCAGCAGCAAAUUCAGCAUCGAAUCUCCGAACCCCCACUGACCGAUCCCCGACUGACCGAUCCCCGACUUGCCGAUCCCCAACCGGAGGCAUCCCCUCUCGGCCCUCCGACACCUCUUCCCGAUGACAAUCCUUACCUGUUUCGACGCGACCAGUUACCACUGAGCACGCGUGGCAGGGAUAUUAUCGACGCUGCAGGAAAGAGAGUCAAAUUGCGUUGCGUCAACUGGUCAGGAGGACAACUAGAAACGUUCGUAGUUGGCGGACUUCAGGUCCAGACCCUUGAGCAUGUGGCGCUAGCAAUAAGAAAACUGCACUUUAACUGCGUGCGCUUGGUGUAUUCUAUGGCUUGUGGAAAAUUGAAAAAAUUAAAAUUUGUAUUUGAAGAUGAAUUUGUUGUAUUUGUUGAUCUCGAUGAACCUCAUCAAGCAGAGUAAACGCAGGAGAGACGAUAGUAUCUAUCGCAUCCUUCAAGAGCAGGACCUCCUGCUCCUGUCUGCUGCUGUCUCAGGGGCGGCAGAGUACCAGGUGUACUAAAGAUUCUCUCUUUCUCCAUGUGUCUCUAAUAUCUCCCUCGACCUAGUUUUCGAGAAACAAACAACACCAGUCGCAGCCAUCGCCGCAAAUCAGCCACUGCUAGACGCAAAUGCCGACCAACAGCCUUACCAAAUCCUUUUCAAGAAAACCGUGGAAGCCUUGACAAAUCUGAAGAUUGCAGUCAUCCUGAACAACCACAACUCUGACGCUGGAUGGUGCUGUAGUGCGCUAGAUGGCAACGGUCUGUGGUAUUCAAGCUCCUAUCCGGAAAAGAAUUGGCUGGAUCACUUGUCACAAGUGGCUAGAGAUUUCCGCGAUAACCCAUACGUUGUGGGUAUCGAUUUACGGAAUGAGGUGCGCGCAGCCAAUGGAGUGCUGCCGAAAUGUAUGGGACAGGAAGAUUCACGUGGUAGUUCUAGUUUCUCUUACUUGUGAACAACAUGGAGUGGAUCUUCUACUUCUUGAAGACUUUUCAUCCCAUAUCAGGAAUAACGCAGUAAAAGUAAUCCUCUUGCUAAGCUUUUAAGCAAAUCUAUAUUCUGCAAGACCUUAACCUGCUUCAUUUUCUGGUAUACCGGAGACAAGGCUACGGAUUGGGGCAGCGCCGCUUUACGUGGUGGCAUCGGCGUCAACUUAGAAAACCCGGAUAUGCUAGUCGUAGUCGGCGGCGUGUGGUACAACAUGUUCCUCUGCGAUGUACCAAAGCUUCCUAUACACGAGUUUCUUCCCGGAAAAGUGGUGUACACCAGUCACGCAUACAGCUGGUUCUCGAACCGAUUGCAGGUCGCCAAUGUGUUGCGCUACUACUCGGCGUCGUUGUUACGGGGACAUGAGUAUUAUCAUGAUAAGGCGCCGUAGCUUUAACGUACUAAGCCACAACCUCAAGCUGUCAGUACUUUUCAUCAUUUGGAUCUUUACAAGCUCAAGCGUGUCUUCCGAAUCCUCCACUGCAACAUCUAAUGCAAGGCGGCGUCGUCCUACUCCUGUGGACGCUCGUCGUCAUCUUUUCGUUCAUUCAGCGAUGGCACCCGAGGAUGGCUAGCAUAACCAGAGGGUUCGUCAGGUACUUACUUAAUAUUUAGAUUUCUUUGCGAGAGUCGUUGCAGUGGUAGUUACUAUUUAUCUCGUACCAGUCGCACGCAUGUUGCUAAUCAUGUUUUCUAGUCCUCUUCCUUGUCAUCUCGUCUGCAUGUAAAAACAACAGGCUCCAAAAAUGGUUCCGUAUGGAGAAUACCUAUUGUUCCAUCGCAGAUCCAGUCUACCUCGGAGCCAUUUUAUCCGCCAUUUCCGUCCCCAUUUUCGGAUUUAUUGGUGCUCGCGAGUCCGGCUGUGACCUCACGGAGCAGGUGGUAGGUAUAGCCUGCGUCACGCUGGCGACGAUAGGCGGCGUUCUGUCGGUGCUAUUGUGGACGAUAGUUUUGAUGCGCUAUCUCUUCACAGAUCCGCAGUUCAAAAGAAGAAUUUUGACCUUAUGUGCAGGAAAUUUACCAGAGGACGACCGAACAGAAACAGGAGACUACUCACAUACAGGGGGAGAGGCAAGAGCUGCUAGUACGUUGAUGGAGCUUGAUACCGUCACCGAUACUAGCGUUCUAGCCACUUCCUCAAGCUUGACAGAAGUCCAGGAUAAUCUUGCUAGAAGUGGUCUUACAGCAUCGCCCAGUGGGACCAGUAGCACCCUCAGUCUUCUGGAGCGCCCUUUGAGUGUCCAAGGAACGCGUUCACAUUCUCAAGAACCAACUGAUCAUCUCCCAGACGAAGUACCUGUACAAGAGGCCCUACGACUGAUGGCGCCACCGGUCAGUAUCCGGAGUCGCAUGUCACUACUUGUUGCUUUGGCAGUGACCUGUACGAUGAUCGUUUUCUCAGUCUUUGAGCAAGAUUAAGGCCUAUUCCAUUUCCAUUAUCCCCUAUGAAUGCCUGCUCCACCUCCAUCUUCGGAAGCAUCUUGGAGACGUUUUCAGGUGGGGGAAAGCGGAUUCAGGAUGGAGGUCCCCGGGAAGGGGAUAAGGGUGAGCUCUAACAAGAGCUGCGAUCUUAUGAUAGGCUACGUGAGGAAUACGACACGAAUUGGGGAUUUUUGGUGAGGAAAAACAUCGCACCAGUUUGGCUAGGCGAGUUCGGUAUAGGACGUGGAAGCUCAGACAGUGCGUGGUUUGUGGAUGCUUUUCAUUAUGGUUAAUACACCAUGCUAUUGUUAUCUGAAUAAACACGUCGCUAUUGAUGUUUUUGAUUUCUACCCACGUCCUCACCGUCCACCGCAGUCCUCAUCAGCCUCGCUGAUCACGUUGCCCAAGAGCCACAGGUACAAUUACAAAUUGAAUUCUUUAUCUAGAAGUACCUACAGUCACAGUGGUCUAGCUCUUGAUUAAUAUCACACGAAUUUCUUCGUAUUCUUCCUCUUGAUUCGCACAAGAAUUUCGUCGUAUUCUUCCUCUUCUAAUUCCCCUACGUCGACCAAGAGCUAGACAUUGGUUGGUCGUAUUGGCCGAUCGACGGUCGUGUUGGCCUCGGUUCCGGUGAGUCUUUCGGCAUACUAACGCCUGACUACACGCAUAUUCGCGAUGUGGAGAAAGUGAGGAAAUUAAGGCUACCACUUGUGAAGCAUCCACUUCGUGGACAUCUUCACCAUGAUAGAUAGAUCAAUCGAUGCUUGGCGUCUUCUAUUCUCAAGGUAGGAGAAAAACACUCAGUUCUCUGCUUCAAAGCUUAAUAUUCUCAAUGAGAAAAAGAACAAGAAGCCAAGCAGGACGGUCUUUAUGAUGCGAAUAUGGUAGCAGCUCUAAGGCAACUGACGCACAACAAGCUGAAUAUGACGACAAACGCGACUACAGGUGAGACCUUUGUCCCUGGCUUUGGAGGUAACGGAACUUAUCCACCUGGAUUUGACCCGGAUGACGAUGGACGAUGACUAGGCUUUCUUGCACUUCAGACUCAGAGCAACAAGAAGUUGCAAAAUUUUUAAUACAUGAUCGGGCUCACGGGAAGGGGAUAUACAUUUUUAGUAGUUGUGAUGCUUCAACAAAUUUUCAUCAUGAUACUGUUAUUUUUUAGUAGUGUUAGACCUGGAGCUGGACGCACUACUAGUACUACGUACUACAUCAGAACAAUCUUCAGGAGACCCAACCGUUUGACUGUUAGCACUACAUGAUCUCCAUCAGCUUCAGCUGGUAGAUUAGGUCCCUGCACUACAACAUUUUCAAGCAUAGACUUAGAGAUAGAGAUACUAACAUGAUAAAUUUAACGACAAUGUAUUUGUACUCCAUUUUCAACUUGCCGUUACUUAGCUUGAAAGUGCCCUUGGUUGACCCCACGCCCACUUCCAUUGCACAAUCAAAACUAAAGAAAGAUUAAGCGUGAUGACUAAGUAGAUUGAUGCAUCAAGAUUAUCAUGGUCGUCGGCGUUGCCUGAGGGGAAUGCUGUGAUCGAUGUCCUGCUCCCAUUUUCGAUGUGGCGCUCUCGGUUUCACUCGCAGCAAUUCCAGACAAACCCGAUGAUUACCGGGUCCGGCAUUGUGCGAACGCGAAGCCCCCUUUUUAACCUGCGUGAGCUAACGCAGAAUAGAAAUUUUCACAUGAUUCUUAGUUACCUUACUGUUACUUGCUUGCUUGGCGUCCGAGCUGCAAACUUGUGUACCAUAAAAUCACGUAUGACAUUGAAGUUUUUAAUUUGGAGAUGGAGGACCGAUAACAUCUAGUAUUAUUUUCGUCCGUUGUUUGUGAUUGUGUAAAUGUGAAG